CCGGCGGGGACAGGGCUGGAGGUGCCCUGGCCAUGCCCAGCCUUUCUUUGCCCGCGGAGCCGGCGGGGCCGGGGCGGGCGCAGCCGCGGGGGCCGCUCGGUGAGGCGGAAGAGGCGGCGGCUCCUUCCCGCUGCGGCCGGGGACACGGAGAAUGAAAGUAAUGCCCUGGAAGGAGCUGCCACCCACAGCUGGAAGGGAAAAGCUGCCAGGGAAAAGUCGGGAAGAGGAGGCAGAGCUGCACCUGCACCACGACUGAGCAGAAGUUCUCGGACUUCCUCACUUUGCUCCAAGCCCUUGAAAUAGGAGAAGGUUGGAAUUUAUUUCCCUGUGUGGUUGGGGUUUCCUGAAGGACCUGAAUUGAUGUUUAUUUUCCCAAAUUUUCCCUUACGUAGCAGCCAGGAAGAUGCUCCAGCACUUGUGGAACAGAUUCUGAGGAGCACCAGCAGAUCCCGACCAUGGCACCGGUUCCAGUCAGUGCCUUGUACAUGAGACCCUUGAAAUGGAUUUUCCUGCUGCUGCUGGUGUUUUCCCUGGUAACCAUGUGGUACAUCACCUCCUCCUCCAACGCUGGCCUGGAGAGCAUCAACCUGCUCUACUUCUACGAGUACGAGCCCGUGUACCGGGAGCAGCGCCCGUUCUCGCUGCGCGAGCGCCCCAAGUGCGCCGACGUCCACCCCUUCCUGGUCAUCCUGGUGGCUUCCAGCCCCAGGGACGUGAAAGCCAGGCAGGCCAUCAGGAUCACGUGGGGCUCCCGGGAUUCCUGGUGGGGCCAGCGUGUCCUGACCCUGUUCCUGCUGGGGCGGGACACGCAGAAGGAGGACGGGGCGGCGGCGCUGUCGGUGGAGGACGAGAGCAUCCUCUACGGGGACAUCAUCCGCCAGGAUUUCAUGGACACUUAUGACAACCUCACCCUGAAGACCAUCAUGGCAUUCCAGUGGCUCUCUGAGUUCUGCUCCAACGCCAGGUUCUUCAUGAAGACCGACACCGAUGUCUUCAUCAACACUCCCAACCUGGUGAAGCUCCUGCUGCAGCUGAAUUCCUCGGAGAACGUCUUCACCGGGUAUCCCCUCAUCGACAACUUCGCCUACAGAGGCCUGGACAGGAGGAGGUACAUCUCCUACCAGGAAUAUCCCUUCAGGCUGUAUCCUCCCUACUGCAGCGGGCUGGGAUACAUACUGGAUGGAAAACUGGCUCUGAGGACCUACGAGCUGAUGGGCCACGUCAAACCUCUGAAAUUUGAGGAUGUUUAUGUGGGAAUUUGCUUAAAUAUACUCAAAGUCAACGUCACUGUUCCAGAGGAUGCAGAACAGUUCUUUCUCUAUAAAAUCGGCUUUGAUAUCUGUAAGUACAGACAUUUGAUUGCAGUUCAUGGCCUUACAUCAAAUGAACUGGUCCAGUUUUGGCAGGAUUUGUCAUCUGACACUUCAAAAACUUGCCUUUGAUUGUGGAUUUAUUUAGAAACUUCUGUUUGGUGCGAGAGUGGCCUCUAGAGAUGACUCUGACUGCUGGGGCAGCGUUUCUCGAGGGCAUUCCAAUGCUCUUCAGUAAAAACAGGGAUUCACAGAGCACUUUUCCAUGUGUGUACCCCACACCCAGAGGUUCCUUGGAACCCCCUGCCUCUGCUGCCUUUCCAUGUGCUCGGAGCAACCCUGGGAUUUCCCCCUGAAUCUUCUGGAAUGUACAAAAUGCCACCGAGGGAAAGUGUUUAUGCCAAGAAAGCAGCUUUGAUUUGAAAUUCCUGCCUGGAUUGUUUUUAUUGUUUUAUUGCCACUCUCCAUUAUUUGUUCUCUGCCCAGCACAAAAUUGAACCCAACCCAAGUUUUUUUUUUGUCUGUGUAAUCCUCCUGAGAGUGUCACACCUUGGUAUUUAAAUGUGUCACCUCCACAACGCUUCCAGGAGUGUUCCCAGCCUGGGGAUCCUGUGGGAUCUGCAGGAGCUGAUGAGAAAUGCUGGAAAUGUGGUGCAGUUUAUGUGUCCACGUUCACUGGAAUGGCUUUGGUGUCUCUGCUGGAGUUCCCAGAUCAGGCAGAUGGAGCUCACGAGCAAUUUGGACAUCCCAAAAACAUUUGGAUCAUCAAUCCCCCCACCCCUGUGUGUGUGUGUGUGAUGCAUCCCAGGAGUUCUGGAACCCUGUGGGGAAGAUGAAGAAUCAUUUCUGUUAUGAUUUAUGUCUGUUUCUAAAUGAGUGUUUUUGUUCCAAUUUUAAAAUUAACAAAGGCAGGAAUUCCCCCACCUCUACUUUUAAAGAAUACCAGCUCUUCCCUGUGUGUAAAGACCGGUUUUUAAUCACUUUAUUCAUAUCAGCAAGGCCCAGUUUUCAGUAGUUUACACUUCUAAUGGACAACGAUACAGAAUUUGCAAUUGCAUGAACAUAAUUAACCUGGACACAUCCACGACACGGGGGAGGGACUGCGGAGACGUCCUGGCCGCGCUCCCGUUGGGCUGGCACAACCCCAGGGCCCCGUGGUGGCUUGGGGACAGAGCCCAGGGGCUGGGACAGAGCCCAGGGACAGGGACAGAGCCCAGGGACAGGGACAGAGCCCAGGAGCUCGGCUGAGGCUCCCCUGUGCCCCCAGCACCCCGGGCUCCGCGGGCAGCGCCGGUUUCGCUCCGCUCCACACCUGGCCUGGGCGUGCGAUUUGAGGAUGGGCUUGUGUUCUUUAGGGAUCAAAAGGUCUUGGGGACAACACUCUCCAGACAAGGGUUUCAAAUGUUGGUGUUCUGAUGGGGAGAAGAUUUUAAAAAAUGAAGGCUUUUUGUUUUCUUAGGGGUGGGGGAAAUACGGUAUUGCAUAAUUGAGGGAAUCGAUGCUCUUGUAUUCCGAGAUCCGGGUGAAAUUCCAGCUGUGCCGUGGGUUUAGGAGCUGGGAUUUGAUCGUUCUCUGAGCAGGUGCUGGGAGAACUGCCUUGUUCUGUGAUUGUUUACACAUCUUAAACCCCAAACCCCUCCGUUUUCCUCUAAGCCUGCCGUGUGAAAUGAUGAGAAAUAAAUUAUUCACCACAAGAACACUGAUACUACAGCACAGCUUGUAUUGCUUUCUCAAAAAAAGAAAUGUCAUUGUGACUCUUCUGCCUUCAGAAAAUGGAUAAAGCAGAGAGUGCUCGUGCUGAGGGAGGACGGAGAGUCCUGGGGAGGUGAGGAUGGCCAGAAAUUCUCCUGUCACCUGCAGGAAUUUGGGGUUUUUGUGCCCCAAAGGCUGACACUGCUCACAGGUUCCAAGGCUUAGGUUUAUACACAGUGAUCUCUUUGUGCCACCUGAAAUUCAUUGUCAUUUACAGUGCCAGCAGCAUUGGAAAAACACCCAUCCUGCUCCUGGAUUUCCUGAAAAAAAAAAAACCACCUCAUUUCCAAACCUGGCUUGUAUUUGAUUCUGACUUUAUUAUUGCUUAAAAG